AUGCUCUGCUGGCUACCACAUGCUCCUUCAUACUGUGCUGGGGUACCACAUGCUCCCCUACGCUAUGCUGGGGUACCACAUGCUCCCCUACACUAUGCUGGGGUACCACAUGCUCCCCUACACUAUGCUGGGGUACCACAUACUCCCCUACACUAUGCUGGGGUACCACAUGCUCCCCUACACUAUGCUGGGGUACCACAUGCUCCCCUACGCUAUGCUGGGCUACCACAUGCUCCCCUACGCUAUGCUGGGCUACCACAUGCUCCCCAACACUAUGCUGGGGUACCACAUGCUCCCCUACACUAUGCUGGGGUACCACAUGCUCCCCAACACUAUGCUGGGCUACCACAUGCUCCCCAACACUAUGCUGGGGUACCACAUGCUCCCCUACACUAUGCUGGGGUACCACAUGCUCCCCAACACUAUGCUGGGGUACCACAUGCUCCCCUACACUAUGCUGGGGUACCACAUGCUCCCCUACACUAUGCUGGGGUACCACAUGCUCCCCUACACUAUGCUGGGGUACCACAUGCUCCCCUACACUAUGCUGGGGUACCACAUGCUCCCCUACACUAUGCUGGGGUACCACAUGCUCCCCUACACUAUGCUGGGGUACCACAUGCUCCCCUACACUAUGCUGGGGUACCACAUACUCCCCUACACUAUGCUGGGGUACCACAUGCUCCCCUACACUAUGCUGGGGUACCACAUGCUCCCCAACACUAUGCUGGGCUACCACAUGCUCCCCUACGCUAUGCUGGGCUACCACAUGCUCCUCCACACACUCCGGCUGCUGCUGCUCCAAACAAAACAAACAUGACAAAUGUGUCCAAAUUGGGAACACUGGAUGACGAGGCUCUGUAA